UGCUGCAUAAAAAAGUUUGGAGCCAAACAAAACAGAACAUCAAGUUACUAGUACAGUUAACAACUGAAUUAAAAAAGAUGGACAAUACUACGUGCAUGAUGCCACCUUCUGUGAGCAGUCCAGUGAACAGCAGCCCUCCAGGGGAUGCUCCAGGGCCACAAAGUUCUAGCUCUGUGCACAGAAGAAAGUUCAGUGCUAGUAAGUCCAAGCAAAGGGAAGAAUUUUUUACAAAAUACAGCCCUCUGAGCUCCAAAGAUCUAUUCAGCAAGUCUCAUCAAAACCACCAAAAACCAUCGAGAUCUAGAUCUAAUCCUGCAUUUUUCCUUGAUCCAACUGGUACCAAGACCUACAACUGGUUGCUGGUUGUAGGGGUGGCAGUAGUCUAUUUCACUUGGUCUAUAAUAGCAAGAAUUUCCUUUCCUGGUGUUGAAAAAAUUUGGUAUGUUUGGUGGUUGCUAGACUUUCUUUGUGGCAUCAUCUAUGUGACUGAUGUAAUGAUUCAGAGCCGAACAAGCUAUUUGAAAGACGGCAUUCUGGAAGAUGAUACUGAUAACAUGAUGAACCGCUACACUCAAAGCUGGCAGUUCUAUAUUGAUGUAAUCUCAGCUAUUCCAAUGGACUGGAUUUACAUACUAAUGAAAUUGUCUUGUCCACCUCUGUACUUGCAUUUACCCAAACUGUUAAAACUCUACAGGCUGAAAAGUGUUUUUGAUCGUACUGAGAGCCGCUCUCACUUUCCAAAUGUUUCACGUGUUGUGUUCCUCCUACACAACAUGGUUGCAAUCAUUCAUUGGAAUGCAUGCAUCUACUAUAGCCUCAGUCAAUGGAUAGGCUUUGGAUCUGACAGCUGGGUUUAUCCAGCCUGGAACACAACAGAAUCUGCCCACUGGGGUGAGGUCUCUCGGCAGUACAUCUAUUCUCUGUACUGGUCUACUCUCACUCUGACCACUAUUGGAGACCUACCCCACCCUCAAACAAAUGUAGAGUACAUAUUUGUCAUAUUCGACUAUUUAAUCGGAAUCCUAAUGUUUGCUACACUUGUGGGGAAUGUAGGAAAUAUCAUUGCAAACACACAGAAAAACAAAGCAAAAUUCCAGACCAAAAUGGACAAUAUUAAAGUCUACAUGAAAAAGACGAGUGUGCCUGAACAUUUGCGAGAAAAAGUGAUUAAAUGGUUUGACUAUCUUUGGACACACGGCCACCCAGUAGAUGAUCAGCAUGUCCUAAAUACCCUUCCAGAUAAGCUUAAAGCAGAAAUAGGUAUUUAUGUCCACUUCGAAACUCUUAAAAAGGUCGAUUUCUUCUCAGUGUGUGAACCAGGGUUACUCUGGGAGUUAGUUGUCAGAUUGAGGACCCAAGUCUAUUCUCCUGGGGAAUAUGUUUGUAGGAAGGGAGAUGUGGGAAGAGAGAUGUACAUUGUUAAUAUCGGGAAGCUCGAGGUGAUGGCACAGGAAGAUGGAUUGGUGCUGAAAGAGAUGAUACAUGGAGAAUACUUUGGUGAAAUAAGCGUAUUAAACCUCGGUACAGGCAAGAGCCAUCGUCGAAGAACAGCGUUUGUUCGUUCAGUUGGAUUUUCCACUCUUCUUUGCCUCUCGCAGAGCGACUUACUGGAUGUACUCAAGGACUACCCCGAAACAAUGGAGACACUAAUCGCUAAAGGUAUGAAGAGAUUGAGUCAAGAUGUCUCAAUCAAAGAAAACUCGUACCAUGAUAAUGACGAUGAAAUCAAAGCUGAAGGAAGCUCAUUAGAUUUAUUACCCGAACGAAGGUUUUCAACUUCUUCAACCACUAGUAAUAUAAGUGAUUACUCUACAACAUUGCAAGCACAAACAGUUUCAGAUAGAGUAAGUCAUUUACACACCCGAAUGAAUCAUAUAGAAGAACUACUCACUCAAGUACUACAAGAAGUUAAAGCAUCACACAAUUACAAAGUACCCAAUAGUGAUGAACCACCUCCCACAGCAUCCUCCAAACUGUACAGCAUCACAGAGAGAAUACGAAAACUUUCAUCUCAAUUUUAAUUUAUUGUUAUUGAUGUGGGUGAAAUUAUUAAUAACCA